ACAUUACCAUGCAGUUUGCUAAGCCAACUUCACGUAUAUAAAAACGUCACGUAUGAGAGUGGACAAAUCAAUUAAUAAAAAUCGGUUAUCGUGACUGAAACGGCUCGCUUGCGACUGGUUUUGCGAACCGCGCUCGACUUUACAAGUGAAAUUAAGAUACGAUGUCGGCUAAGGCGAUUAGAGAGGCGACCGGCAAGGACCUCAUCAACAGGCACCUGCCCGAGGGCACCGCGACGAGCAAGUGCAGGUUCGCGUCCGUCGGCCCCCAGACCAAAAUCGACGACCUCGUCGACACGCACCCGUGGCUCAGGACGGAGAAGCUCGUCGUCAAACCGGACCAGCUCAUUAAGAGACGUGGAAAAUUGGGACUGAUUGCGGUCAACAAAGAUUUCGCCGAGGUCCAAAAAUGGAUUGGCGCUCACAUGAACAAGGACCAAAAGAUCGGGGCGGCCGUCGGGAAGCUUCGCAAUUUCAUCAUCGAACCGUUCGUCCCCCACAAGGAGAGCGAGGAGGUCUACGUUUGCAUUUACUCGCAUCGACACGCCGACACGAUCCUCUUCCAUCACGAGGGAGGCGUCGAUAUUGGCGACGUUGACGCCAAAGCCGUCAAGUUGGACAUACCGGUCAACGAGGGAGUCGAUAUUGCCACCAUCGAAAAGGUGCUGCUCGGCAAGGUGGGCGCCACGAAACGGGCGAUGAUCGCCAAGUUCAUUCACAAUCUCUACACGCUCUACGUCGACCUGUACUUCACCUACCUCGAAAUUAAUCCACUCGUCGUGACCGACAGGGAGAUCUACGUCCUGGACUUAGCCGCCAAGCUCGACGCGACCGCGGACUUUAUAUGCAAGCCGAUUUGGGGCGAAAUCGACUAUCCUCCUCCCUUCGGACGCGACGCCUACCCCGAAGAGGCGUACAUAGCCGACCUCGACGCGAAAUCCGGCGCGAGCUUGAAGCUGACCAUCUUGAACAAGUCAGGCCGAAUAUGGACGAUGGUCGCCGGCGGCGGCGCCUCCGUCAUCUACAGUGACACAAUCUGCGAUCUGGGGGGCGCGAGCGAGCUGGCGAACUACGGCGAAUAUUCCGGUGCCCCCUCCGAACAGCAGACCUACGAGUACGCGAAGACGAUUUUAUCCCUCAUGACGCAAGAGAAGCACCCCGACGGAAAGGUUUUAAUAACGGGCGGUGGUAUCGCCAACUUCACGAACGUCGCGGCCACCUUCAGGGGCAUCAUUACCGCCCUGCAGGAGUUCCAGCCGAGACUCGUCGAGCACAAAAUCUCGAUCUUCGUGCGGAGAGCGGGCCCCAAUUACCAGGAGGGUCUCAGGAGGAUGCGCGAGGUCGGGCAGAGCUUAGGUAUUCCUUUGUACGUUUUCGGUCCGGAAACGCACAUGACGUCCAUUUGCGGUAUGGCACUUGGCAAAAAACCAAUACCCGUCGAAAAUAACAUCACCGAAUUUGCGACGGCGAACUUCCUACUGCCAGGCGGACAGACAGACAAGGUUCCCGCGUUCGACAUGACCGGAACGACGUCCACCUACCUGUGCGAUCGCCGAACUGAGGAGUCCGGACCAAACCGACUAGUAGAAUUAAUCCUUCCAGAACCGAUGGAACAGGGCGACGGCGUUUCGAGUCACGUUCCGCUUUUCUCCGCCAAUACCAAGGCGAUCGUGUGGGGGAUGCAGACUCGCGCCGUUCAGAGCAUGCUGGAUUUCGACUUUGUUUGCAGGCGAGAGGAGCCGAGCGUUGUCGCGAUCGUCUACCCGUUCACUGGCGAUCACAAGCAGAAGUUCUACUGGGGGCACAAGGAGGUGCUCAUUGCCGUGUAUAAGAAGAUGGAGGACGCUAUGAAGAAGCACUUGGACGCGGACGUUUUGGUGAAUUUCGCCUCGCUCCGCUCCGCCUAUCAGAGUACGAUCGAGACGAUGAGCUAUCCGCAGAUACGAACGAUCGCGAUUAUCGCCGAGGGUAUCCCCGAGAACAUGACGCGUAAACUGAUCAAGCUGGCGAACGAGAAGAACGUCAACGUUAUCGGGCCUGCUACGGUCGGCGGUUUAAAACCGGGCUGCUUUAAGAUCGGCAAUACAGGGGGGAUGAUGGAUAACAUUUUGCAUUCCAAAUUGUACCGCCCGGGAAGUGUCGCUUACGUCUCGCGUUCGGGCGGUAUGUCGAACGAGCUGAACAAUAUCAUCUCGAAGGCGACCGACGGCGUGUACGAAGGCGUCGCGAUCGGAGGCGAUCGGUACCCGGGUACGACCUUCAUGGACUUUAUAAUGAGGUACCAGAAGGACGAGAAUAUUAAAAUGAUCGUGCUGUUGGGCGAGGUCGGCGGGGUGGAGGAGUACGAGGUUUGCCAGGCGAUGAAAUCGAAGACGUUGACGAAACCGCUGGUCGCCUGGUGUAUAGGCACGUGCGCCGGCAUGUUCACAUCCGAAGUGCAGUUCGGGCACGCCGGAUCCUGCGCGCAAUCGACUAGGGAAACCGCAUCCGCCAAGAACGCCGCCCUUAAGGAAGCUGGGGCGUUCGUGCCCGAGUCGUUCGACACUUUGGGCGACAUCAUCGAGAACGUCUACAGCGGCCUGGUUAAGAAGGGCAUAAUCGUGCCCAAACCCGAAGUUCCACCUCCGACGGUUCCCAUGGAUUACAAUUGGGCCAGAGAGCUCGGUCUGAUUCGUAAGCCCGCCAGUUUCAUGACUUCCAUUUGCGAUGAGCGCGGCCAGGAGUUGCUCUACGCCGGCAUGCCAAUCUCUGACGUGCUAAACAAAAACGUCGGAAUCGGAGGGGUGAUCUCGCUGCUGUGGUUCCAACGGUGUCUUCCGCAAUACGUCUGCAAAUUCUUCGAAAUGUGUCUAAUGGUGACUGCGGAUCACGGUCCCGCCGUCUCCGGCGCGCACAACACGAUCGUCUGCGCCCGUGCGGGCAAAGACCUCGUGUCCAGCGUGGUGUCCGGCCUUUUGACUAUCGGGGACAGGUUCGGCGGCGCGCUCGACGGUGCGGCGCGUCAGUUCAGCGAGGGCUACGACGCCGGGAUGCACCCGGCGGAAUUCGUGAAUCAAAUGCGAAACAAAGGACAGUUGAUUAUGGGCAUCGGACAUCGGGUCAAAUCGAUCAAUAAUCCCGAUCAACGAGUCCAGAUCAUCAAGGAUUACGUCUUGGAGAGCUUCCCCGCCAAUCCACUGCUAAAAUACGCCUUAGAAGUCGAGAAGAUCACCACCAGCAAAAAACCUAACCUCAUUUUAAAUGUUGACGGCGUUAUCGCGACCAGCUUCGUAGACAUGUUGAGACACUGCGGCAGCUUCACAAGAGAAGAGGCGCAGGAAUACAUCAACAUCGGCGCGAUAAAUUCCCUGUUUGUUUUAGGGCGUUCGAUCGGUUUCAUAGGUCACUUCAUGGAUCAAAAGAGAUUAAAGCAAGGACUGUACAGACAUCCAUGGGAUGACAUCUCGUACGUUUUACCCGAGCAAUACAACAAUUAGAAGAUAAGGAGUACUGUGUAAAGGAAGCAUUUAUUUAUUGUAGGGAGCACAAUGUACCAAUUUUAUCCUAGAUUUUUAUUUGUUAUUAGAUUGCACGCAACUAAAUUAUUUUAAGACUAAUGAAUGUUGAAUGUUAUUGCAUGCAAUCGUUUUUUCACGCACUCAUUCCGUCAAUUCGGUGUCCAUAAUAAAAACUUAUUUAUUUUGAA